ACAGGGUCGACUUCCCUACUUUUCAGUAUCUUUUCCCUUUUGUUGUUCGCAAACAAUACUCCGUGAUUAUCCGCCGGCGUUAGAUAAUUCAAGCACAGGACGAUUCCGAUUCCGAUUCCUCCGUUUCAACGUUGUAACGGCAAUCCCCGAUCUGUAUUCUCCCUGCCUGCCGGGACCUCUGUCUUUCACGUUUUUACACGCAAAUCACUUAAAAUGUUCACACAGUUCGGCUCCACCGCCGAGAACCUGAGCAAGGCGUCAACAAUGGUGUUUCGAAUCGGCACAGACGCUCACCUCUAUGACGAUCCCGACGAUGUCAGUAUUUCACCUCUUCUGGACAGCAAAUUCGACUCUGAAAAAUGCGAAGCUCUCAAACGAUUGCUCGCUUUGAUUGCCCAAGGCUUAGACGUAUCCAAUUAUUUCCCUCAGGUUGUUAAGAAUGUUGCAUCUCAGUCAUUGGAGGUUAAGAAGCUUGUUUACUUAUAUUUGCUACAUUAUGCUGAAAGGCGUCCAAAUGAAGCAUUGUUGUCAAUUAAUAUAUUCCAAAGAGACCUUGGGGAUCAAAACCCAUUGGUGAGGGCCUGGGCAUUGCGUACAAUGGCUGGCAUUCGCUUGCAUGUGAUUUCACCUCUUGUUUUGGUAGCAGUCAGAAAAUGUGCAAGAGAUCCAUCUGUAUAUGUGAGAAAGUGUGCAGCCAAUGCUCUUCCAAAGCUCCAUGAUUUGCGCCUUGAGGAAAAUGCUACAUCAAUUAUCGAGAUUAUUGGAAUACUGUUGAAUGACAAUUCCCCUGGAGUGGUUGGAGCUGCUGCUGCAGCAUUUGCUUCUAUUUGUCCAAAUAAUUUGCCUUUAAUUGGUAGAAACUACACAAGGCUAUGUGAAAUUCUUCCAGAUGUAGAGGAAUGGGGUCAGAUCAUAUUAAUAGAAAUCCUUCUUCGUUAUGUAAUUGCAAAACAGGGUCUUGCAAAAGAAUCUAUUAUGGCAUCUUUAUGUCCACAAGAUGAGAAAAGCGAUUCAGACCCGGAUUCCAACUAUUUAGAAAAAAAGAAAAAAUAUGAAGUUUUCAGUGGUGUUAACGAGCCUGAGUUGUUAGCUAUGGUGUCCAGGAGUUACCUUGCAGGACAAGAUAAGUACUUAUCAAAUUCAACAACUGUAGAUGUGACAUCAUCAGAAGUUGAUUCUUCAAGGUUUGUUUCAUCAAAGAGUGAUGCUGAUUUGAAGAUCUUGUUACAGUGUACAUCACCAUUGUUAUGGAGUCGCAACAGUGCAGUGGUGCUUGCUGCUGCUGGGGUACACUGGAUUAUGGCUCCAAAGGAGGACAUUUUUAAAAUUGUUAAACCUCUUUUGUUUCUUCUGAGAUCAUCAGAUGCCUCAAAAUAUGUGGUCCUCUGCAACAUUCAAGUGUUUACAAAAGUGAUGCCAUCUCUUUUUGCUCCAAAUUUUGAAGACUUCUUUAUAAACACAUCAGAUGCAUAUCAAGUCAAAUCUCUAAAACUUGAGAUCCUUUCUUCCAUUGCAACAGAUGAAUCAAUCUCAUUUAUCUUUCAAGAAUUGCAGGAUUAUGUGAGAGAUCCCGAUAGGAGAUUUGCUGCAGAUACUGUUGCUGCUAUUGGUCUAUGUGCUAAACGGAAUCCACAAGUAGCAAACACUUGCUUGGAAGGACUUCUUGCUCUUACCUCACCCAAAUCCAUAAAUAGCACCUCUGGAUCCAUGGAUGAUGAUGCGGUUUUAAUUCAAGCAAUUACAUCCAUCAAAGACAUCAUAAAACAAGAUCCAUCAACUCAUGAUAAAGCCAUUAUAUAUUUGAUUCGAAAUCUGGAUGCAAUCAAGGUUCCUGUAGCACGUGCAAUAAUUGUUUGGAUAUUAGGUGAAUACAACUCGAUUGGCAAUACCAUUCCAAAGAUGGUUCCCAUAAUUUUAAGAUUUCUUGCUCGUGGCUUUCCUUCUGAAUCCAUUGAAACAAAACAUCAAAUUCUAAAUGCUGCUGUUAAGGUUGUUUUAAAUUCAAAAGGAGAAGAUUUUGACACUGCAAAAAGCAUAUUGAGCUACGUGCUUGAGCUGGCAAAAUUUGAUUUAAACUAUGAUGUUCGUGAUCGUUCCCGUGUUCUAGGAAAACUUAUGUCAUGCUAUGUUAGUGAGGCUCAGACACCUGAAAACAAUGAAACAACGGUUUUACUUACAAAACAUAUAUUUGGGGAAAAUAUAAAAUCAUCAAACGAAAUGAUGAACAACCGGUUUUACCUUCCGGGAUCUCUCUCACAGAUAGUUCUUCACGCAGCUCCAGGGUACGAACCGCUUCCGGAACCUUGUAGUUUGACUCAUGUUGACUUUGAAGUUGAAAAUUCCGAUGUAGUUGACUCGGGUUCCUUGAAUGAAGAAGGUAGUUUUGAUGAUGAUUCGGAAGGUUCCAUCACUACUGAUAACACACACGAAAGUGAAACUGAAAGUGAAGUUGAUGAUAACACUGAUUCGUUAAUUAACUUGUCGGAUGUUGGAAAUACACAAAAAGAAACUGGUUUUGAUUCCGGUGAGUUGAUGUCAAAAGGAGCUCUGGAAUCAUGGUUGGAUGAGAAUCCGAGUUCAAGUCAAAAUGUAACCGGAAUGGAAUCGGUUAACGAACGGAAUUCAUCAGCAAGAAUCUCAAUUGGAGAUAUUAGUGGGAGAGUUAAACCUAAAACUUAUACGCUUCUAGAACCCGCAUAUGGAAACGGUUUGAAAGCGGUGUAUAAAUAUUCAACGGAUCCUUCAACAGUGUCUCCGUCACUUGUAAGUGUUGAAGUUUCUUUUGAAAACUGUUCUGGUGACCAAAUUACAAAAAUAUCCCUGAGCGAUGAAGAUUCCGACACGAAUUCUGAACUUCAAAUGGAAGAAAUUACUACCCUUGAACCUGGUCAAACUACAAAAAGAAUCAUCCAUGUUCAGUUUCAUCAUCAUCUUUUACCUUUGAAGCUUAACUUAUGGUGUAAUGACAAGAAGCACCUUGUUAAGUUACGCCCCGACAUUGGGUAUUUCAUAAAGCCUCUCCCGAUGGAUAUAAAUGUCUUUUUACACAAAGAAUCCCAACUCCCUGGCAUGUUUGAAUACUCAAGAAGUUGUUGUUUUACUGAUCACCUUGAGGAAGUAGGCAAUGAGAAGGAGGAGGUGGGUGAUGGGAAAAUAAUGAAGGAUUCGUUUCUUGUGAUAUGUGAAAGUUUAGCAUUAAAGAUGAUGAGCAAUGCAAAUGUUUAUCUGGUAUGCGUGAACAUGCCUGUAGAUGCAAAGCUGAACGAUGUGUCAGGUGUGUGCUUACGUUUCAGCAGUGAGAUUCUUAGCAACUCCAUCCCCUGUCUUAUCUCUGUUACACUCGAUGGUAAAUGCUUUCAACCAUUAAAUGCGUCUGUGAAAAUCAACUGUGAGGAGACUGUUUUUGGUAUGAAUUUGUUGAACAGAAUUGUCAACUUUUUGGGAGACCCUCCUCCUGUCACUGUGAGUAGUUAGGUAAAGCGUUUGUAACUAACUAACUACAAAGGAAAGUGUGAGUGUUUUCGUGUGAUUAAUCUGUUUAUUUUUUGUAGUUAAGAGAUUACUUUUGUGGGAUUUGAAUCCGCGUCCUUCUAUGGAAAAGUACCUUACCGAUGUCAUUCUAUCA